CAUCAAACAUAUCAAUUAUUCAAGGCGUCUGCAGUCCACAAGAUGCUGUACAUAGCCUCGGCUCUCACGCCGACGCCGGUGUCGCACACCGUAUUAGCAUCCAACUUCACAGCGCCUGGCACACAGUCCCUCCUUGUCGCCAAGCCUGACCGCCUGGAAGUGUGGGACGUCGGCACCAGAGGCCUCACCUCCCGAGGCGAACUCUUAACUUGGGGCACGGUUGCCGGUCUCGCGACGGUCGACGUACCCGAUGCACGACCUCAUGUCCUUGUCCUCGUCGGCCCGACCAACGGCCGCCUGCUCCUCCUCACGUGGGAAGACGGACUCGUGGUGACGGCCUCCCACCUGCUAGCGCCGCCAACCCCGGCGCUGAGAAGGCAGGAGUUCUUUACGGGCGUUAUCGCUCAUGGGAACACUGCCAUAGUGUCCAUGUGGACGGGCGUGCUGACAUGCGCCGAGAUGGACAUGGAGAAGGUGCGCGACCUCAAGCGGCGCGCAAGUGUGGCGGAGGAUCGCGAGAGGAAGGGGGACGGGCGGCGGCUUAUCUUCAAGACCGUGUACAAUGUCAACAUACGUGAACACAACCUCCUCGGCCUAACGUUCCUGCCCGGCGCCUCUGACUUGGUGCUCAUGUUCCUCUGGAUGAAUGAGCAACACAAGAUCCAGCUCGGAGCCCGCACACUGUCCAAGCAGAGACUGCACGAGCGCGGCGCGCCUGUCGACGUGGUCAACCCGACCGAGGAGGGGCUCGAACGAACUCGUGAACCGGAUUUCAACGCCAUUCCCUUCUCGUGUCCCGCGGCGCGGAGCAUCCUCGCCGUCUCGUCGCGACACGUGCUAAUAUUCGGUGAUGAGCAUGUCGUCCUGUACGACGUGAGCGGUGCCAAGGCGCAACGGGCCAACGCCAGACGCAGUCCACAGACCGAGACCGGUGGUGUCGGCAAGCGACGGAAGAGCAGCGUGUCGGGCAGGGGGGUCAGCACCGACAAUGAGGGCAAGCUUGUCGUUCAGCCUGUAUGGCGCGUACGGCAAGGAUGGGGCACUGUCCUAGCUGCGACUGUAUUCGAGGGGAACGAGCGCCGGGCAACCAUCGUCCUGGGGGACGAGCGCGGACGACUAACGGCUGUUGGAUGGGAGUUUGACGGCUCCGAUAGUGUCCGCGUCAGCAAGGUAGACAUGGGCAUAGCCUCGCCCCCCACCGCCCUGACAUAUAUCGACAACGGCGUCGUGUUCGUGUCUUCUGCAUGUGGGGACUCACUGUUGGUACGCUUUAGCAUGCCUGAACACCCCCAAGCCCAGUCGGCGGGCAUAACCGCCGCUCGCAAUAUCAAGGGUAAGGGACGCGCGCAAGACAGUGUCGACAGCGGCGCAUGGUCAAUCACAUUCGACGACGAGGCAACCGCCGAACAGACUGUUCUAGAGCGCUGGAUGAACCUCGCGCCGCUCAAGGACCUCGCUGUGGUUAAAGAUGAGGACGGCCCUAUGUCGCACCUGGUGGUCGCGUCAGGCUCCGCCAAUACCAACUCGCUGAGGAUAGUACGCAGCGGUGUUGGCCUUGAGAGCCUGCUCAGUAUCGAGGGCGUCAAGGGCAUUGAGCGGCUUUGGGCGUACGACAGAGGCCAGGGAGUGGACGCAUCAAGUAUCGACCAGGCCUUUAACGCUAUGCUCAUUGUCUCUUUUGCGUCAUCAACAGCUGUGCUCCAUGUCAGCGAUAACAUUGUACAGGUCGACGUGCCAGAAUCCUUUGCCAAGGACCCAACUAUUGCCUGCCACAAGAACGAUUGUGGGCUCGUGCAGGUCACCUCUAAAGGCUUUACAAUCUGGGAGCUUGAAAGGCACAUCCUCACUCCCAAUACCAAUGUGCACGCCUCCAUAAAUUUGGACAGUGAGGUUGUCGCCGCUGCCUUCGCCGGCAACAGGAUCCUGGUUGCGCAGCGUAAUGGCGUGCUCAAGUUGUAUCAUUGCGGCCCACAGGGCCUCGAACAUAUCGCGGACAACGCGCCUAGAAACGAGGUCUCCGCGGUCGCGUUAUACCAGGAACCGAACAAUCUCGAUGACGCCUCUCCGCCGGCAGGCGGAAUCUGGGUCGCCGCCGCCUACCACGAUGGCACAGUCACUGUCUUUAACCCGGAUUCUAUGGACGACGGGGACGCUGCGCCCCUCGUGAAGACAUUUGAGGAAUCUUACGCCGUCUCGCUGAAGCUUUACGCGGACGAGAGCAAGACGAUGCGCCUGAUGGCCGGACUGGCAGAUGGCACACUUGUCAGUUGCGACGUGGACGAGGUUGGCUGCCAGAGUGGAUUCACAAAGGGGCGCACGCAGAAUGCGCUGGGCUUGAUGCCCCUCGACAUUGCAGAUUUCGAGGUCGAAUGCGAAGGGCUCGAGGAGCGCGUCCUGGCGGUCGGGAUUAGCGAUCACAUGUCUCUCGUUUUUGAGUCGCGCAGACACCUCGAGUUUUCAGCGAGCGGAAAGAAAAAUGUGGUCGCGGCAGCUCCUCUCCAGGUUCCCAAUCUAGGUCUCCUUUUCGCGAUAGCCACGCGGGACGGCAUCACGCUCGAGCGCCUCACGUCUCUCAAGAAACUGCAGGUGCUGACCUGGGACACAGGCGACUCGAGCGCAACGCGCCUUGCCUAUGUCCCGCACCAGGACAUCCUGGCUGUGGGGAGCGUCACGCGCUCCCUAGACGCGGAUACUGGUGAUGUCUUCCAAGCUUCGAGCCUCGACCUGCACCACCCUACUACACUCGAAUUCCUAACCGACUACCUGUUGCCAGAGCGUGAGGCCGUGGCGAGCGUUAACGUUGUCUUCUUGAACGAGCGGCAUUUCAUUGCCCUGGGCACGGCUAUCUUUCCUACCGCGGCAGCGCUCGACGAGGCCAACAUUGACGAGGUGCAGUCGUUUGUCGGUGUUCAGAAAGGGCGGCUGUUGCUCAUGGAGGCGACAGAGCUUGACGGAAGGUGGAGCCUCAAGGUCGUCGAGGCGGUGGAGACGAACGGCGCGGUGUUUGACGCGACCGUCAACUACGGAUAUCUGGCCGUCGCCUCCGCCAACAAGGUCUCCAUCAUGAAACUAAGCAAGAACUUGCAACUCCAAGAAACUGCUAGUUUCACCUUCGCCUUUGAGGCGCAUCACCUCACCGUCCUGCAUAAGGACUUUAUGCGCGAGCUUCUCAUCCUUGGCGACGCCAUGCGUUCUAUCAUCGUCAUUGAGCUGGACAACAGCAGCGGCGAGAUCUUUAGAGACGCUCGAGACAUGUCCCCGCACGCCGUUCGCGCUCUCGGCACCGUUGGCAAUCUCACGAAUGAUGAUAGGCACAUCAUUCUCGCCGACGGCAACGGCAACCUCCUCACCUACCGCAUGGAUGAGGAGUUGUCGCAGGCAGCCGGCUUCGGGCUACACGAGGAUGUGACGCGCUUCCGCAACGGCGCGUUUGUGGCUACGGAUCCGAAGGAAUUGCGACCUGACCUGCUGUUUGCGACGGCUAAUGGACGGCUGGGUGUCGCCGGUGAGCUGAGCGCGAGCGCGACGCGCACACUCAGCGAUUUGCAGCGCAACAUGGCGAAAUACAAGCGCGGACCGGGCAACGUGGACUGGCGGGCAUUCCGACGGGGAGGCAGCAUUCUCGUGCCAAAGGAAACGGCAGGUUUCAUCGAUGGUGAUUUUGUUCAAACCUUCCUCGACGACCCGGACGAGCGGUACUUGCACGGCAAGACGGAGCACGAGCGCGUGUUGCGCAUCGAAGACGGGGCGAAACGGCCCGCGAGCGAAAAGCACGUGCGGCGCGUGCUCGAGGCAUGUGCGGGGGUGCACUAGGAUGAUGGAGAGUGCGAUUACAGGGAGCAGGCCACUGAGAGUAUCAAACGACCCAAAAGGGUUGAUUCUGUGAAUGUACAAUGAGAGGCUCAUCGCUGAGCUUGACUAUCUGCGACUGGCGAUCCGCGUGCAUCGGGGCGUCUUGCAUGAGAUCAC